AUGGAUGCACUCCAGGAUGUCCGAGUUCACCGGUGUCUUCAACGCGAUGAGGAGGUGGUGGAGACUCAGCUACAUGUAUUCUGCGAUGCCUCGCAAGAUGCAUAUGGAGCAGUCGCUUAUCUCUGUCAUGUGUACCAGGAUGGUUCGAGGUCCAGUCGAUUCGUCAUGGCUCGAGCCAAAGUGGCGCCGUUAUCAGCUGUUAGCAUCCCCCGACUAGAGCUAAUGGGAGCAGUCAUCGGAUGUCGUCUUGGUGUGUCCGUAGCCAAGACACUCGCCAUCGCAAUGGAGAAUGUCGUGUUCUGGAGUGACAGCAUGGAUGUCCUGUGGUGGAUAAGGAACAGCAGCCGGGUCUUCAAGCCAUUCGUGGCCAACCGCGUCGGUGAGAUCCAGGCUUCUUCCUCGCCUAGUCAGUGGUUCUACGUUCCGACGGCGGUGAAUCCAGCUGACAUCCUGUCACGAGGAACAUCAAGCGCUACUAUCGUGAUGAAUGUGCUGUGGUGGAACGGUCCGUCAUAUCUCGUUCAGAGCAUCGAAGAACGGCCACAGCAGCCCGAGGGAUUCAAAGUUCCAGCUGCACCAGAGGUCCGCACGAAGGCCAAACCACCCGAAGAAGGUCAGCAACACCACCAAGUGACAUGUGUGUCUUUCCUCUCGACACGCGAGUGGGUUCUGGCGCCUGAACGAUUCUCUUCGCUUCAGCGGCUGGUCCGCUUGACGGCGUGGGUGCUGCGCUUUUCCUCAAACUGCCGAAUCCCAGCCACGCAGAGACAGUAUGGUCAGCUGACGGUCGAGGAAGUCGAAGACAGCCUCCAGGCCAUUAUUCGGUCAAGCCAGAAGGACGCCUUUGCUGAAUAUUCGUCACUGCAGAAGGGCAAACCAUUACCGGCAACCAGUCCACUGAGCAGCCUGACCCCGUUCUUGGAUGAAGUUGGUGUGAUGAGAAUGACAGGACGGCUCCAAGAGGCACAGUAUCUCAGUCAAGACGCCAAGCACCCGAUCAUCUUGCCGCGGUCUUGCUGGAUAACACAGCUAGUGAUCAGAGACCAGCAUGAGGCAGACCACCACGUCGCAGGUACAGCUCACACUAUGGCAGUCCUCAUGAGGAAAUAUUGGAUCGUGGCGAUUCGAGAAGCCAUCCGGGAGUACGAACGUUCCUGUGUGAAGUGUCAAUUUCGGAAAGCACAACCAGCCACACAGAUCAUGGCACCAUUGCCCAAGAUCCGGUUGAAGGAGCCUCUCCACGCUUUCAGUCGCGUGGCCGUCGACUUUGCUGGACCAUUCGCAACGGUACAGGGUCGAGGGCAACGACGAGCUAAGCGGUAUUUGUGCGUCUUCACCUGCUGUCUUUGUCGUGCUGUGCAUCUGGAAAUGGCCACAGGUUUGGAUACCGACAGCUUUCUGAACGCCUUUCAACGAAUGUGCAACCGCCGAGGUGUUCCUGCUGAAGUGCUCUCGGACAAUGGUACGAACUUCGUCGGGGCUAAUCGUGAGCUAUCGGAGAUCUUCACCGAGCAGGAGCAACACGUCCUGGAGCACAGCGCUACCAUGAAGAGGAUCAAGUGGCAUUUCAUCCCUGCCCAGACACCACACUUUGGAGGCGUUCACGAAAGUAUGGUAAAAGCAGCAAAGAAGGCUAUUUACCAUGUUCUACAGCAGGCAUCAAUCACCGAUGAGGAGCUGCGAACAGCAUUCUGCAGCGCAGAGGCGCUACUCAACUCUCGUGCAAUUGUUCCUCCCUCUAGUGACAGCCGCGACGACUUGCCACUCACACCGAAUCACUUCCUGGUUGGACGCAUUGAGCACUAUCAUCUUGCCGUCGAGUCACCGUGUCUUCGGCGCCGCUGGCAACACGUCCAAAUGCUUGUAUCCCAUGUCUGGCGAAGGUGGAUGCAGGAGUGGAUACCAGCCCUGAAUCGUCGCUCCAAGUGGUGGAAAGAGUACCCGGAUCUCAGUGUCGGUGACAUCGUCCUCGUUGUGUCAGCUGAUACCCCCCGUGGCAGGUGGCCUCUUGGACGGGUGUUGGAGGUCUACCCUGGUUCUGACGGCAGAGUGCGUGUCGCUAAGCUCCAGGUCGGAGGCAAGCAGGUAACCAGGUCAGUUGUACGGCUAUGUCCGGUUGUGAAAGGCAGACAGUCCGUACGCACGUUUUAG